AGAAUUUACAUCCUUUUUUUCAUCUCGGCGGGGGGGAAGGGGGGAGAAGAUACAAGAUCGCAAAAAUUGGAUUUCUACGAAGAAUAACGACGAUCGAAGACGCGAUAACUCGAAUGUCUAUAUUGCACGAGUGUUCGCACCUAAGUGCGAAAACAAAUUCAUUUGUGGAUUUAGCGAAAUGAUUUGUGGUAGUAAUAUAGUUGUCAUUCGACGAAAUGAAACAAUAUUUCUGACGAUUGUCUGAUCAGUUAUAUUGGUGAUCAGUAACUAUUGCGCAAAUAUUGACGCAAAUGGUAAUCGGAAUUUUUUGAUCGAGUAAAUUUUUAUAACUGAUCGUAAAAAUUCAAUCCAUUACUACCUUUAAAGAAUUUUAAGAUGGAUCAAUCAUGAUGAUUCAUCUGCGAAAUGUAGAAAGUAAUACUCAGAAUUGAAUUGAAUAUUCAGAAAUUAAAAAGAAGGAAUCAACUAGCGAAGAUGAUACAAGAUACGAGAGAAAAAGGAAAAAAGAAACAAAAUUAUGAAAGUGUGACGUUUGAAAGAGUGUCGCUCAAUAACUAUUAAGCAACACUUAUGCACGCUAGUUUGCUAAUUUAAAAUGUCAUUACUAAUUUAAAAUGUCAUUAUUGAUCAUUUAAAAUGUCGUCUGCACACUUGCAUAAAGCUGAAAGCGCAAUGUUAAAAGGAAAAAAGAGUAAACAAACAAUCGUUGAAACAACGACCUGCAGUUGUUUAUCGUAAAUUACCGAUAUCUGUUCUAUGCAAAUGCUCCUCCGCUGAGAAUCGAGACGUAAAUAUGUAUUUCCGUCUGGCGCGCACAAAAGCCAGUUCGAGAAAACGAGAUUGCCGCGAUCUCGUUUUUCUCAGCCUUCCGCGAUAAAAAGAGACGGGACGCUCGAAGACGCCAGCAAGGUGUGCCCUUCGUUUCCUAAUCUAAACGACGACGACGAUCACUUUGUACUGGAUAUGGACUCGUUGGUCACGCUGAAAACUAACGCUCUGACCACGCGCAGUUACGAACCAUCUCGAAAGAAAUGUUACUUUGGUGAUGAAACCAACGAGAUCGAUGGUACCGGCUGGUCAGACAAACCGAUUAGAAACUGGUGUCAAGAAGAAACAAUAAACUGGUUGAUGUCCGCGGCUUCUUACAUCGGGCAACCAUACAGUUUGAUUCAACAUAGCCUUGCGGUGCCAGGAAAUGAGUUGGUCACCUUUACCAAAAAUGACUUUAUCAAUCACGACCCCAUGUACGGAGAACGACUCUAUGAUCUACUUCAUUCUCAGCAUAUCUCGAAUAUACUUCCAUCGUUUGAUACCAUCCAUCCCCAUUCCGAAGACGAAUAUGCACGAAUCAAUUCCAACAAUACAUCAGACACAGAGUCAGAUAAUAAUAGUAUUGAUGUUUCUACUACCAAACGACCACCAGGCAGACCGAGAAUGUUAAAACCAAAAAAGAAUUCUACUGGUCAGGGAAAGCUUUGGGAGUUCAUCAGGGAUCUUUUACGUAAUCGAGAAACAUGUCCGAGUUUAAUUUGUUGGGAAGAUUACUCUCAGGCGAAAUUUCGAUUCGUAAAGAGCGACGAAGUUGCGAAACGGUGGGGCUCAAGGAAAGGAAACACGAAAAUGACAUAUGAAAAACUGAGCCGAGCAAUGAGGUACUAUUAUAAAAGUAAAAUCUUUCAACCUGUACUCGGUCGAAGAUUAGUUUAUCAGUUUGGACCAAAUGCAAAAGGUUGGCAAACUGACAAUCCAAACUUUCGGUAUUGAAGGCUUAGGAUUUCAUUUGCUGUAAAAACUGUACAAAAAAGUAAAAGUAACGUUUGUGAUCUACUGUAAAUUUUGCUUAUAGCAUAUAUCUUAAAGUUUUUUUUAAAAAAGAUAACGCUUUUGUAAUUAAAAACUUGUAAAUGUACAUUGAAAAGGAAACUGUUUGAUAUUGAAAAGGAAAUUAGAAAUAUUUUGUUAAUUGAAUCGAAAUGUCGAUAAUUUUAAAAGACUAAGAAAAAAAAAGAUGUAGUAUUAUAGAUGAUACAUACUGACUAGAUUUAAAUAAUAUAGAGAAAAACAGUAUGAAUGGAAAUAAAAAUGUUGAGAUUUUUCACAUUUAUAUAUAUAUCAUACAAUGACUUUCACAUUUUUAUAUAUAUAUAUAUAUGUAUGUAUGAUUGACUCUAUAAAAAUACGUGAUAGCAACAUGUGAAUGUGAAAUAAUUUAAACUUGUAAGAUUUUUUUCAAUUUAUUUGAUUUUAAGCAUAGCAUAAUAGAUUAUUUACUUAUGUAAAAGUAUACAUAUUACAAUCAAGAAAGGCAAUAAUUCUCCUGACUUACGAUCAAAUAAAUUUACUAUUACUUAUUUUUUUA